GCUGCCAGCAUGGAAGGAGCGAGCGCGUGACAGCGGGGCAGGCUGAGCGGAGCAGGGUCCCCCCUGCAGUGGCAAUGCCCUCAAAGCGUGGAUAAAACAAUAAAAGAUCAACAAAUACUGGCACAGACCCGUGCAUUGCAACGACAGCGGGGGCGCCAGAUGUUUCCUACGGCUGCAUUGCAUUUUCUGUGCAAAAUCAGGUUCGUCAUGAUGAGUUCCCGACAUUAACCGCUGAAGCACACAGUUGUGUUCCUUGGACUCGUUGUGGUUUUUUCUUUUGUUUCUGUCCUGAACUCUGGAACCGAGUUGGAGCUUUGGAAACAAAUGGUCUCAUUAAACCACAGUGAGCCGCUGUGUAUUAGUGACCUGCUGCCACCCUUGGGAAGCAGCCAUGGCCUGCCUCCUGCCGAGCUGGGGGCGAGCUCGGUCUUGGUGGAGGACGGCGGCAGCGAAGGAUGCAGUCCCCGCUCUUGCUCGAGCCCGGACUCCCAGGACACCAGCUACAGCAGUGCCAACUCCAGCCUGCUGGAGCCAUGCAGCGUGGUGCGGAUGCUCAUGUCAAACCUUGACAGCCGGCAGCAUCCGAAGGCAGACGCCCAGUCCCCGGUGUUUGAGGCCGCGGUAACAAUGCCCGACUUUGGCCCCAACUCAUCCGGUGACUUUAUCCCCACGCUGGAGGAGAUUGAGGAAUUCUUGAAGGAGAAAAUGGAGGUGGUCAAGGAAGGACUUUCAGAAGGCAGCACGGCCACCGAGAUCAAAGUGGAGGUGAAGUCAGAGGCUUCGGUGGAAUCUGGUGGGUCUUCCGAAGAGGGAGGGAAUGGGUCCGGCCCGGAGGUGACUGGCACAGCUAUGGCCGGAAGCGUUCCUGUCGUCCUGCAGCUUCAGCCCGCCCAGGUGUCCGCCGCGCACCCCUCGGCGCCUGCCCAGGGCGGCGUGAAGCUGACGCAGUUGAUUGUGAACGUCCAGGGUCAGACCUUCGCCCUGGUGCCGCAGCUGGUCCAGGCGCCCGCGAACAGUGCCACCCGCCAGUUCGUGAAGAUCGCGCCACUGCCCCUGGCGGCGAGGUCCGUGGCUGUCGGCAGCCUGGUGAACGUCGUCGAUGCCGCCCAGAAGCUGCAGAAGUCGCCCACGGCGGACGUCAUCAGAGUGCACAAGUGCUCCUUCCCGGGCUGCAACAAGAUGUACACCAAGAGCAGCCAUCUCAAGGCACACUACAGACGGCACACGGGGGAGAAACCCUACUCCUGCACGUGGCCAGAUUGCGAUUGGCGAUUUUCUCGAUCGGACGAGUUGUCCAGGCACUUACGUUCCCACUCCGGAGUGAAGCCGUACCAGUGUCACAUCUGUGAGAAGAAGUUUGCACGCAGUGACCACUUAUCCAAGCAUGUGAAAGUGCACCGAGGACUGAGAAACAGCAGAAUAACCAGAACAGCCAGUUAACAUUUGGUUGUCCUCCCACUUUGUAGGGAUACAUAUUAGGGCCAUUUCACUUGUGUAUGCAAUGUACAGAGGACAUCAAAAUGCAUUAACAUGUGUGUGUAACUUAGGACGUUGGUGAGGGAGGGCUUUAGAGGUUCUUACUUUACAAAGUUAUUUCUAUAGAAGUGAAACUCAUUUAUCACUUAAUGUCUACUUUAUUCUGCUCCUCAUGCUCAUUGUAUAAUUGCAGAAAUAUGUCAUUUCCAAUGUAGACUACAGCUGGGUCUUUGGGCUGGCUUUUGUGCAUCUGGUAGGUAUAAAGGAUAUCAGUCAAGAGGAAUUAGUAUCAGGAGCUCCUUGAAGAAAUGGAGCACAGAACCGCUUUUAAGAAACAAUAGUUUUUACACAAUGAAUGUUAUGAUCUGGACUUGGCUCUCGAAAGAAGGAAGCACACUCAAUAUUAACUUUCAGAUAGAAACGGAAUGUGAAGGACAGACGUCAUGAUGCAAGAGCUGGGAGCAGUACUGCUUUUAUUGUCCUUUCAAGACAAUGGGCCAAGUGCCAGCUUCCUGUAUGUAAGAUUUUAUAAUGGGCGGGAUAGAUUAUUAAAACUAAUGACAGAAAUACUCAGCAUGCCAGGCAGCAUCUGUGGAGAGAGAAAUCAAGUCAACAUUUCAUGUCAGUGGCCUUUGAUCAGAACUGGGAAAAGGUUAAAAACCAAACAUGUUUAAGUUGCAGAGGAGGGUGGGGAGAAGAAGGGGAAUGUGUGUGAUCGGGUGGAGACAGAGGGAGGCUACAGAACACAAGUGGCGGUGCCAGUGGAGGGAAGGUGGUGCAGGUUUGUUAAUCACAGUUGAUCCGUCUGGAGAAGGUGUAACUGAAGAACAUAAAUGGAUGAGAGAGAAAUGUAAGAGCAUUGCUUAAACUCUAAGACACAAACACUAUAGAUGCCUGAAAGUUUUUUGCUUUUCAGUGAUAGAUUAUUUGUUUUACUUCUCAACAAGCAUCCCAUAGGUCUCGAGGUUAAAUCCCAGCGAAUUUGGCAAUAUUAUGGCAGCAUAUAAGGAUAACAAGUUGUGAAAUUAAAUAAAUUGUUAAUCUGUGGCUGUGACAUUUUUAUAAAUUACAACCUGAUCAAUUUAUUAUUCCAGUUUCAAUUAACAUAGUUGACUCAAUGCUUUUUAACAAGGCAUUCUAUAACGUGUUUCAUUCCUUUACAAGAACGUCAAUCUCAGGGCAGCUCGGUGUGACCUUGCCAGUAUAACUAACCCUCGCCAACCCAUAUCCAGAGAACAUUUUAAUAAAAACCUCUGUAGGGUAUGACUUCAUCCGCAAAAGAAGGCAGUGGCUUCCAUUUCCAAGAACUGUCUCUGCUGCAGGUAUGUAGCGGACUUCUCAUUGCACCCAUUGUUCAGAGGCUCUCUGAGGUUGUAGAUUAGGAAGUGUGGCAGAAGUUGUGCAUUCCCUUUGCUGACGACGUUUGUCAGCCUAACAACAGAGACAACAUAACCACUGUCUAAUCUAGUACUGCACACUACUUCCUGUCUCCAGUGCAGUUUCCAUUUGCCUCACUCAAGCUCACUCCUGCAGCAACUUGAAUGUCUCCCAGUCUGGGCACCUGCUUACAUUUUAAAUGACUUUUAGAACAAUUACAGUCCCAUGUAUAAAAUCAUUCCAAACACCUAGUACUCAUGAGUAGAAAAAAAUUCUAACAUCAUUUUACACUUGCUUUUCAUUACUGUAAUUUUACCACCUGGUGACAUCUUGAACCAGCGCUCUUGGCUUACCAUUUCCAUUAAUAACAAAAAGUUUUGCGGCCAAAAUGUCAAAAAGCAUUUACUUUACUCUCAUUCCCAAACAUAUCACGUUAAAGUGCAUCUUCAGGCUUUGAAAUGCUUCUCAAAACUAACCAGUGAUUAUUCAUCGAGACCUGAAAAGUAGUUGUUUGUUCACUGGCGGUGCUUACCUACUGAGUUCACAUACUGGGAGUUUUUUUUACAUUGUGCUUUUCCCCUGCAAUUUUAAUUACCCGGGACUUUAAAAUUAUUGCCCCAUAGUAUUCCUUGUCUUCUACAGUUUCUGAGGAUAUACAAACAAAAGAAGGCAGUUCAGCCCUUUGAGAAUGUUCCCAAUACAAUCAGGUGACAGCCACCCUGAAACCUAGCUUUACCUAUGCUCAUUUGUUCAGUGUCUCUUAAUUCCCUUGCCUAGCAAACGUUAUCAUGCUUGCUGUAAGUCUUUCAAAGGACUUUCAAGAGGUAUAUGAGAAAGAUGGUUCCACUACCCUUUGUCUUAAGUGUUUCCUAAUCCCAUUCCUGAACAUCUUAGCCCAAACUUUAAGAUGAUGGUACUUUAGACCUGAUUUCUCCACGAGAAUAUCUUUCCAUCAAAGCCAUUAAUUAUUGAAACCUUACUUAGAGCACUACAAACAUGUAAAAACCCAGGAAUUUACGGUUUUAUGUUGUUCUAUUUCAUGGUAGCUUCAAGUUUGGUGUUGUCCAAAUCACUCUUUUGCUUAAACUCCUGAGCAAUAUUUUACAUUACAGGUACAUCUCAGAGAAAGCAUUUACAGAGCUGAUUUAUUAUAGAACAUAGACCAGUACAGCACAGGAACAGGCCCUUCGGCACACGAUGUUGCACUGAACUAAUUAAACGCCAAACUAAACUAAUCCCUUCUGCCUGCACAUGGUCCAUAUCCCUCCAUUCUCUGCACAUUCAUGUGCCCACCUAAAAAGCCCCUUAAACGCCUCUAUCAUAUUUGCCUCCACUCCCACCCCUGGCAGCACAUUCCAGGCACCCACCACUCACUGUGUAAAACAAAACCUUGCCCCACACAUCUCCUUUGAUCUUACCCCCCCCCUCACCUUAAAUGUCUCUCCUCUAGUAUUAGUAUAGAUUUUCUAGUUUGACCUUAUGUAGAAAUACAAAGGGAAUUAAAUGAAUGCGAGGGAAAACAACAUAAUGGGUAUGAAUUGAAACUGUAGCUCUUGCCGAGUUGGAUGGUGUCAUGGAAACAGAGAAUUAUACUUUGAGGUUCAGAUUUACUUUGCUGAAGGAAGUUUUAUUUGGAGGUAGGGAAGGGAGAAAUCCAGCUGGAGUUUUUUGUUGCUAAUAACUAGCAAGAGAGCCCAGUUAAAAAGCAAGUAACGUGAUGAAUGAUGUCUUUGGUUUGUCCAUGAGAGUUGCCAUGCAGCUAACAUUCAAUAUCUACACAAGUAGUCAACUGUAUGAGGUACCAGAGAUCGGUUGGUGUCUGUCCUGACCUGUUGCCUUCAGGAGAGAAACCUAGUUGGGGAAAUUAAUGGAAGAAUUCGGUAUAAAACUUAUCAGAACUACUCGUAGGCCAAAGUAAAGCCAUCAUGGGAGAAGCUGUGAUCAGAGGUCCUGUGAAGUUUUGAGGCAGGUUUUAUGAUCUGUCAAGUUUUAGAAAAGUCAUGAAAUGAUCAUCUAAAAAGCAAAGCUGAAUAUUCAGCUCAUUAGAAGCUACCAUGAGUCCCAUACCCCACAAAUUUUAACGUGGACCCCACUGGUUUCGAAACCAGUUUCCAGCAGUCAGAGAUUCGGAGCUGCUGAUGUGGCGUCAAAGUGUGUGGUGGAGACGAACCUCUUCUUUGUUCACAAUGAAAUCGCAAAUGUACAGUCUCACCACAGAUCUUGCAAAUGAAGAAAUACUUCCCUAGUGUGCUGCUUCCAAUUCAUGGUUAUUAAACAUUUAUUAUAAAUAGGUUCUGAGGCCAAUAACUUUAAAGGUUGAAAUUACAAUUUGCCAGUGCAGACAGAUGCUCAGAUUGGGGUUAGAAAAUUGGCUUUGUAGUGUUGCGAAAGCAUACUAAACUUAAAAUUUAAUUUUACUUUUUACAUCGCAUUAAACCACUAGUCAUCUGAGUUCCACUUUAGGUCAUGGAAUGUGGAGCAGAAACAUUGAAUGUACAGAUAUUCCCUCAAUAUAUGAAUUCAAUCCAAACUUUUGUCAUUAAAGAACCCAUAAAAUGAAUGAGCAUGCUUUUAACUUUGUAACAUUAAAGGAAAUAAUGUUGUACAGAAAAUGUUGUAAAAUUGUCUGUUAAAUCAUGUGAAUGGUACUGGUGUAGUUCUUUCUUUGUUCUUGUGACUGUUUAAAUUUGUCACCAGCAACGGUGAUCACGGUUAUAAAUGCCUUUUCGUCCUCUGGUUGGCUCCUGCCAUAGAGACUGCAGGAAGGAUCUUCAUUUUGCAGAUGUUCACUUCCUCCGAAGGGACUUCUUACAAGCCACACUGACUUUGUUCCUGAAUGUUUGACCCUGGGGGCAGCAUAGAGGACAAGUGCAGUCAACGCAGAUUUCUUCCCAUUAACCACUCUGGCAUCGUGAUCUUGGGGAUGAAGAGGACUAGUGCUGUUACAUUGUGUUCUUGUGUGUUGUUACUUUGAUAGAUCGGUGUUGCAACCCACUUCAAAUUGAAUCCCAGGUUGAUGACUUACCUGUUUAGUUAUAGCACUUACAUAAAUGUUGAAUCAUCCGAAUUUAUAUUCAGCAACCAAUGUGCCUUUUAGUUCGGUGACAGUAUUUACUCCAAGAAAAAGUUUGUAUCACAUCAAAAUAACUAUGCAUUUAAAAAAUCUAAAUACCAUGAGAGCAAAUCUACCCAAAGUGACCCUGUAUUGGCAUUGCAUUUCUAAUGGGCAAAGCAUUGUGAGGAUGUAAGGUAUUUAUUCCUAAUGACUGAGUGUCUAGGUCAGGCAAUUCAGUUUUCGAUUCAGUGACAGACACAACAGAGUGAGACUGGAGUCACAUUCACCUAGGACCAGGUGAAGGCAUGAGGUUACUUUCACCAACCAACCUAACUUUUGCAUGUGAAAGUGGUGUUGCGAGGGGGACCCCCUGUCAGUUUCCCUCUGGAGUGAAGGAUUUGUAACUCUGUGCAUUACACAUCAUGCCCAUUAGAAACAGGUUUCCAUCCCAGCCCCUGCAGUCACACAUGACAAUUGUGUGCUGCCUUCCAGCGCCACUUUAGUGUGUGUUUAACAGGACAAUUAACCAGCCUUGUGCAACUGUUUGCAUGUUUAAACUGGAAUCGGGCCUAUAUUCUUGCUUUGACUGUGUAGUUGCUGGAAUCUAGUUGCUGUCGGACCGAACUGUGGUAAAAUGGGUACCAAGGAUGCAGUAAUAAGUUGUGAGCUACCAAGUCACAUAUAGAAGAGAGAGCUCAGGCCUCCAAAUGAUAAAGGCCUUGAGGCACAUUUAGAAUCUUUGACAAAACAUUACCUGUUUUUUGAUCUAGCUGUUUCUUAGUUAUAUCAUUGCUACAAACUCCUUGAUAUUUUUCUGAUUUCAGCUCUACAGGAUCCACUCCAGCGAUUUCAUAACAAUUUUUAUUUAACUAAGUCACUUAAAUGCCCAUCAUGCUCACUAAUCCUCAGGUCGGAAACUUGAAGCAGGGUUCUAUUAACUUUCAGUACUCAGGUCUGUGAUUCAUUACUGGAGAACAAUUCUGUCCUCUGGCACUGAGUCCAAGAGGUUAUCUUCUUUGUGAGCUCACCUGAUAAUCUUCUGGCAGUGUGGGAAUUAUAAAUAUCUUGAAGUGAAGAUCCAUGUUCCCCUCAAGGAUGAAUAUUUAGAUGAUGGACAUAAGCUCAAAAUGGGGAAGGUUAACUGAAAAAAAAUCCUUAAUCAUCUCACAUUGUAUUAUUCAGUCGAGAGAUUUUAACUUGCAUUUAAAGUAAGUUACAGAAUUUAAUUGUUUGAGUUGUCUUAUUCUAUUCAGAGACCCAAAUAAUGAGAAAAUAUAUUGCCUGUGACUUAAAUAAAACACAGCAUAUUCAU